GAUGUAUUAGGAAAAGUAAUCAGUUAGCUCCGAAUUGAGCGGGGCUCUGUAUAUUCAUUCAAUCAAAGCAGAGAUAACUUCUAAGGCUUAGAAAACGAAAAGUUUUGCAGGAGGAGAAGAAGAAGAUAAACAAUGGGUCUUCGUCUUCGUCUCCCUCAGAAAACCUCUCCACGAUCACCAUCUUACCUCCUUCUAUGCCUUCUUGCUCUCUCAUUCUUCUCCUUCACCGCUCUUCUCUUCUACAAGGUUGACGACUUUAUUGCUCAGACAAAAACUCUCGCCGGACAUAACUUGGAACCAACGCCGUGGCACAUUUUCCCGCGCAAAUCUUUCAGCGAAGCCUCGAGACGUUCUCAGGCUUACCGAAUCCUCCAAUGCUCCUACUUCUCGUGUCCUUACAAACCCGUCCUCGAACCAAAGAGUCUCAUGUCGGAUUCCGUGUCGGGUCGUCGAACCCAGCAACCAAAGUGCCCAGACGUUUUCAGAUGGAUUCAACGGGACUUAGAGCCGUGGGGAGAGACAGGAGUGACUAAAGAGCACGUGGAGAAGGCAAAAGAGAGUGCUGCCUUUAGAGUGGUGAUACUCUCUGGGAAGCUGUACGUUGAUCUCUUCUACGCCUGUGUGCAGAGCAGAAUGAUGUUCACCGUUUGGGGGAUUCUGCAGCUUCUCAACAAGUAUCCUGGCAUGGUUCCUGAUGUUGACAUGAUGUUUGAUUGCAUGGACAAACCCAUCAUCAACAGGACCGAGCCUCAGUCUUUCCCAGCUCCGCUUUUUCGUUAUUGCACUAAUGAAGCUCAUCUAGACAUUCCUUUUCCUGAUUGGUCCUUUUGGGGAUGGUCGGAGACGAAUCUAAGGCCGUGGGAUGAAGAGUUUGGGGAUAUAAAGAAAGGGUCUAAGAGAAGUAGCUGGGGCAGCAAGCAACCUAGAGCUUACUGGAAAGGGAAUCCUGACGUUGUGUCGCCUAUAAGAAUGGAGCUGAUGAAAUGCAACCAUUCAAGGUUAUGGGGAGCACAGAUUAUGCGCCAGAACUGGGCAGAAGAAGCAAAAGGUGGGUUUGAACAGUCCAAGCUCUCCAACCAAUGUAAUCACCGGUACAAGAUAUAUGCAGAGGGUUAUGCAUGGUCAGUUUCUCUAAAGUAUAUCAUGUCAUGUGGUUCCAUGACACUCAUAAUCUCACCAGAGUAUGAAGAUUUCUUCAGCAGAGGCCUCCUUCCAAAGGAAAACUAUUGGCCUGUCUCUACCACUGAUCUAUGUCGGUCCAUUAAGUUCGCUGUGGACUGGGGAAACGCCAACCCUUCUGAUGCUGAAUCAAUAGGAAAAAGAGGACAGGGUUACAUGGAAAGCAUCAGCAUGAACCGUGUGUAUGACUACAUGUUUCAUCUCAUCACUGAGUACUCAAAGCUUCAGAAGUUCAAACCAGAGAAGCCGUAUUCCGCUAAAGAGGUCUGUGAAGGAUCAUUGCUUUGCUUCGCAGAGCAAAAAGAGAGGGACCUACUCGAAAGAUCUAGAGCUGUACCGUCUCUGGACCGACCAUGUAAACUUCCAGAUGAAGAUAGGAGUAUACUCCAGAGGUUGAUCCAACAGAAGAAAAAAACAAUCGAAGAUGUUAGAAACAUGGAGAUGACAAGAACAGAGAGGGGUUCUUAGAUAAAUUGAAUUUUUUGGAACAUAAAUUUUUGGUUUAGUUUUUAUUUCAUCGUCAGCUUUAGCACGAGAUAAUACCUGAUUAUGACUUGAUUUGUAGAACAAAGUAACCAUUAAUUUACAGAGUAAUGUUUGGAAUUAGAGACAAUGAUACUAAAGCAUAAUGCCUAGAACUUCCAAAGUAACAAAAUAAAAUACAAAUCCUAUUCUCAACUGAAGAGCAGCUACUGAAAUACAGUCAAUCAUGUAUACUCAACUUGCUACCAUCGGAUUAUUCCAAAUACCAACCGAUCAAAACCCAAGAAA